GGGGGGGAGAAGGCUGAAGCUGGGCCCGAGCCGCCAUUUUGCUGUCAGUCACGUCCAGUCCCAGUCCAGUCAGUCAGUCACGCAGCCGCGGCGCCGGGACCAGCGAGGAGCUGAGGCGGCAACUCGGGUGACCAAAGAGAUGGUGAUGGAGAAGCCAAGUCCCCUGCUUGUAGGGCGGGAAUUUGUGAGGCAGUAUUACACACUGCUAAACCAGGCCCCUGACUUUUUACACAGGUUUUAUGGAAAGAAUUCUUCAUAUGUUCAUGGAGGUUUGAAUUCAAGUGGAGAACCAGCUGAUGCAGUGUAUGGGCAAGCGGACAUCCACAAGAAGGUUAUGUCCCUUCAGUUCCGUGACUGUCACACAAAGAUCAGACAUGUUGAUGCUCAUGCGACGCUGAAUGAUGGAGUAGUAGUGCAGGUGAUGGGUGAGCUCUCCAACAACAGGCAACCCAUGAGACGCUUCAUGCAGACGUUUGUCCUGGCACCUGAGGGCUCCGUCGCAAACAAGUUUUAUGUCCACAAUGAUAUCUUCCGCUACCAAGAUGAAGUCUUUGGUGACUCAGAUACAGAGCCACCUGAAGAGUCUGAGGAGGAAGCAGAGGAACAUGAGGAGCGCCAACCAUCACCAGAAGCUGUGCAGGAUGACAGUGGAUCUUACUAUGACCCGGCUGUAAGCAAUGGUCUUGAGGAGCCUUCAGAAGAACACGCUGCACCAUCAGAAGCAGAACCGGAGCCAACUGUAGAGGAAGUAAAAGCCGAGCCUGUGCUGGAGGAAGAUGUUACUGAUGAGCCUGUGUUAAAAUCUCCAUCCCCUCCACCUGCAGAUCCAGCGCCAGUAGUAGAGGAUUCCAGGACGUUCUCCUGGGCUUCAGUCACGAGUAAGAAUCUGCCACCCAGUGGCGUUAUCCCCACCACUGGAAUUCCUCCUCAUGUGGUCAAAGCCCCAACACCACAGCCCAGACCAGAGACAAAGCCAGAAAUACAGAAUCCACCCCCGAGACCUCGAGAUCAGCGGAUCAGAGAACGGCAGGGAGUGCCACCACGGGGUCCCAGACCAGGUCGUAGUGAAAAUGAACCAGGUGAAACGGAACCCAGACGCACGAUCCGAUAUCCAGACAGUCAUCAGUUGUUUGUUGGAAACCUGCCUCAUGACAUUGAUGAGAGUGAGCUGAAAGAGUUUUUCUCAGGUUAUGGCAAUGUUAUGGAACUCCGUAUUAAUACCAAAAGUAGCGGAGGGAAACUGCCCAACUUUGGCUUUGUGGUGUUUGAUGAUCCAGAGCCAGUUCAGAAGAUCUUGAGCAGUAAGCCAAUUAAAUUCCGCGGAGAGCUCCGCUUAAACGUGGAGGAAAAGAAAACCCGGCCCAUCCGUGAAGGGGAGCGCAGGGGUGACGACCGCCGGGACAAUAGACCAAGAGGACCUGGCGGACCCCGGGGUGGUCUUGGCGGAGGGAUGAUGCGUGAUCGGGAAGGCCGCGGCGGCCUGUCCAGGGGAGGGCUGACGCAGAAGCCUGGGCCAGGAGCUGGGAGAGGAGGUGGACAAGGAGAACCUCGGUUCUCAGGCCCACGCCACUGAAAGUACCCUCACUGUUAUUGAUGUGAGCUGACGGUACUAAUGUUCUCUCAUGCUCUUGUGAUUCAGCUUUGUUUUUGGAAUGUGAUUUCGACUUGUACAGAUUUAUCAUUUUUCAGUACAGCAAAUGGCCUUUUUUUUGUUUUCUUUUCUCGACUUGUGUUGUAACUCGUCGUCCCACGCAAAAAAAAAAACACACGUCCUGUCUAUUUGAGAAUUUUAUUUGUUUUCUAAAAAAAAAGCGGAUUUUAAAACCAGAAUCUUUUGCUUGAAGACAGGAUUCUGACUGCAGUGGAUUGGGGUGACUUAACAGCUAUGAGUGAACUGGAUUUUAGUACCUGCUGCCUCCCACAGUUGCUCCUGGAACUCGUUGGCCCUUACUGACUGAAAUUUGUGGCAGAUUUUUUAAAUUGGAGACUUCCUCGCUUUUUUUCUUACAGACAGACACACCCAAGUUCAGAAAUAUUUGUACUCAAUCUGGCACUCAGCAAUUUUUAAAGCACUCUUUCUAUACUCUCUCGGCACAGUGCUGGCCCACUUUGACAAAGGAGGCGCAGUGCUAUCAGUAUUCGGACCGGAACCAAUAUGACAAUUAGAUGGUUGGUAAUGAUAAGAUGCAACACAAUAUACUGGGGGAAGUUGCCUUUGCAGAGCUGCUGUGCUUUUAAGACCCGGAGUGGACUAAUACAGUGGAUGUAAGUCUUCAUGUGUUUUUUUUUCUUUCAACUCAUUUUGUUUUUAUCAUUGGAAGAAUCUCCUUUUACAGUGGGACUUUUUAAACAGGAAAAACAAACAUUGAUAACUCUGACAUACUUGACAUCAAGAUACGUUUCCUCUGGAAUUGUGAAUUUUUUUUAAAACUGUAAAUUGCAGAGAAACUUUUUCUGGUUUAGUUUGUAUUGUAAAGCGUAUGGUUGUGCCUUCUAUUUAUCUCUCAUUCCAAUCUUGGCAAAGUUGUAUAAAUAAAUGUAGAUUGCUUUAUUCAAA